AUGUUGAAUCAUUCAUCGACAUUCACCCUGACUCAUUUCUUGGCUGCGGGAGAUGCUUCUUUCAGGAAGAUCGAUAUACCGUUAUCGUGUAUUCAUGAGGGCAGUGGGGCAUUCCCAUUGAGCCUCACAUGGGCCAAUCUGCUUUGGCUGAACUUGUCAAACAUCACGACUGACUCGGCGUGUCUGUCGAAACUAGUCAGCCUCCUCAAGAACCUCAAUGGACACGCCAUUCUUGCAGUAAAACUGGGGGUGCUACUUCAUUCACAUCAUACAGAUGGUGGACUUCUGUUAGGGAACUGGGCAGAGCUGCACGACGCCUUGUCGGACGUUGGACACUUUCCCAGACUCACGUUGGUCAAAAUUGUCCUGACCUUUGACGUGAAAGCCGAUGGAAUCCUUGAGAAAUUGACCGCCCAGCUCCCAAAGCUAUACGAUCGGGGUGUUCUCAGGGUUGAAGAAGAUCCUAACAACGAUGUGAAUAUGCUGAACCGGUACAUGCUAGAUAACCCGGUGACUUUGGACGAUCUCACAAUAUUCAGCUCACUCAUCAGCGAAGUCGACCAAGGCUCAGACGUCGAUGAGUAA